AUGCCGGGCUCGGGACGCUGUUGGGAUGCCUUGCUGGAGCAGAGGCUCUGUCAGGUAGCGGACGGGCUGGUGAAGGUGCAGGUGGCGCUGGGUAACAUCGCAAGCAAGAGGGAGAGGAUCAAAAUCCUGUAUAAGAAAAUUGAAGAUGUAAUAAAAUACCUAGAUCCUCAGUACAUUGAUAGAAUGGCCGUUCCGGAUGCCAUGAAGCUGCAGUUCAUCUUGGCAGAGGAGCAGUUUAUUCCUUCCCAGGCAGCCCUUCUGGAGCAGGUGAAGAACCUCCAGCCCAUCUUGGACAGCUCCUGUAUCCAAGCCGUUCCUGACCACGCAGCAAAACUACAGCGACUCUCUCAAAUCCACAUACAGCAGCAGGAGCAGUGUGAAGCUGUCACUGAUGCUGUCAAGGUGCUCCUUGAAGACUACAACAAAAUGACCCUGCUUCUCUCCAAGCAGUUUGUCCAGUGGGAUGAAAUGCUGACGCAGCUGGAAAUGGCCAAGCAAGUGAAACCUGCGGCAGAGUGAUGGCAGUGCUGGGAGCGAGGGGAGCCGCAGGCGGGGGCCCUGGCGAUGCUGGCCUUGGGAAUCUCAGGAGAGGCUGCAGCACAGCUCGCACCCAGGGACCUGUCGUCUCAGCGUGAGCGUGUCUUUCUGCUCAGCAUGAGCGUGCUGCGAGUGAUGGCGCAGGCUCUUGGGGGCGCCCUUGCUUUGUGGCUGCACUUUGUCCGCCCUGAAUCAAAGGCACACUCUUGGUGUUCUCUUAAUAUGCCACUGUCUGCAAAUCUUGCACUUCCAUGGAAUAUCUUUUGGUUUAUAACUUAUUUAAAAGUCCCUUUCUGCUGUUACUGUGGACCAUAGUAAAGUCCUAAAACACUAA